ACAACAACUGCUGCUUCUACUACCACUGAACUACUGCAACUUUGUCCUUUCUCUUCAGGUCUCCUUUGGAACCUGUCAUCUGCAGACAGUCUGAAGCCAGAGCUGGUGCGUAGUGCUCUGCCUGUCCUGACUGAGACUGUGGUAGUACCAUACACUGGAGAUGAGACAAACAGCAACCAGGACCCAGAGGUCUUCUACCAUGCUACGGCAUGUCUACGAAACCUGAGCUGUGCGACUCAAGGCAACAGGCAGGCCAUGCGUAACUGUCGAGGCCUCGUCGACUCUCUGGUCAGUUACGUCCAGCGCUGUGUGGCUGCAGAGAGGCCAGAUGACAAGUCUGUGGAAAAUUGUGUGUGUGUCUUGCACAACCUGAGCUUCCAGCUGGAGAGUGAAGCCCCUGCCCUCUUCAGCAGGAUCACUGCCCUGGCCAGGACACCCAGCAGGGCCAACACCCCCAGUGAGACCGGCCCCAUUGGGUGCUUCAGCCCACAGAGCAGCAAGGUCCAGGAGCAGGAGAGUCACUUUGACUACCCUGUGAUGGAGGAGCAGAACCCGAAAGGAGCAGGCUGGCUCUUCCACUCCAAGACCAUGCAGAGUUACCUGUCUCUGCUGGGGUCCAGCCAGAGAGAAGAGACCCUGGAGGCCUGCUCUGGAGCCCUGCAGAACCUCAUUGCUAACCAAGGCAUUGUGUCUAGUGUGAUGAGCCAGAGCAUCGUGCAGAAGCUGAACGGCCUGCCUCACAUCUCUCCCCUGCUGCAAUCCUCCAACCCCAGCCUCCAGAAAACUGCUGUGUCUCUGGUAGGGAACCUGGCCAAGAACCAACGCCUUCAGAGCACCAUGGCCCGACAGACCCUACCGGAGCUAGUUGGCAUCCUCAGCUCAUGGACCAAGAAAGAGAAAGAGUUUGAUGACACCCUGGCCAUGGCGUGCCAAACCAGCCACAGUCUGCUAAUGAAGGAGCCUGAGCUGGGGAAACCCCUGCUGACCAACAAGCUGGUCAACUCAGUUAACGACCUGAGCAAGAACAGGGAUUUCCCAAAGGCCAGCAAAGCUGCAGGUGUGCUCCUCUACAGCCUCUGGUCAGAGAAGGACGUACAGAGUUUCCUAAAAAAGCAAGGGAUGAAUAAGGGUUCCUUUGUGAAUGACAUCACCAGCGCGGCUCACCGGUCUGUGCAGGUCAUUGAGUAACAAGACAACUGGCAUGGAUCUCUUGGCACAACCUCCGGAUGUACUAAUGAACUUGUGGGCCUAAUAAACCUACUACGGUACAUAUCAGAUUGGGUCCAGUUAAUCUGAUUACAACAUUUUUACGUUAGAUUUUUAAAACAAUUUAUAGCUAAUCAGAAUGCUUAGCCAUUAUGUUUAGUUGUGUCUUUCGUCUUACGUCAGUACAAAGGUGAUGAUCUUGCACUUAUAUUUCUGUUAUUUUCUAGGCUCUUUUGUGUUUACUAGAAAUCCUUUUUUUCCUGUUUUUCCACUGUAAACAUGAUGCUUUUGUAUUGAUAAUGUCUGGUUACUGGGAUUGCUUGAAUAGGGCCCCUUCGCUUGCAUGUCAAUUAUGGUUCAUUGUGUAUUUAUCUAGCCAGGAUAGUCCACUCAGUAACAAUUGCCACUGUUUGUCAGGUAGUCCUGAGGGUAUACUACAAAGCAGGAUCAAGGAGUUAGCCAACUAACUUGCCUAAAUAUAUAUAUAUAUGU